AUGGCUUUUGCGUUACAUCGGUUAAGAACAGGAAAUGUUUUUAGCCCCGGCGUCUAUCGAUUUCUAACCUCGGUCGGCAUGGAUCAAAUGGGGCUCGGCGCGAGUCGUUCCGCUCUGGAGCGCCUCGACUUCGACAACGUCGCCCUGAAGAAACUUCCCUUGGACGCCUCCGAGGAAGACGGUGUACGGCAGGUGAAAGGCGCUUGUUUUUCCAAAGUCAAGCCGCAACCGCUGAGCCAUCCUCGAUUCGUGGCGGUGUCCCACCAAGCUUUGGCUCUGCUGGGGCUCGACGGGGACGAAGUGACGGGCGACCCGCUCGGACCCGAAUACCUGAGCGGUUCCAAAGUCAUGCCCGGGUCCGAGCCCGCCGCUCAUUGCUACUGCGGCCAUCAGUUCGGCCAUUUCGCCGGGCAGUUGGGUGACGGGGCGGCCUGCUACCUGGGGGAGGUCAGAGUACCACCAAACCAGGACCCGGACCUUUUGCACGAAAACCCCAGUGGCCGGUGGGAGAUUCAGGUGAAAGGAGCUGGAUUAACACCUUACUCGAGACAAGCCGAUGGCCGCAAGGUCCUUCGCUCCAGCAUAAGAGAGUUCCUCUGCAGCGAGGCCAUGUUCUUCCUUGGCGUGCCCACCACAAGAGCGGGCUCUGUCGUGACGUCCGACAGCAAAGUGGUCAGGGAUAUUUACUACAGCGGACACCCUCGACACGAGAGCUGCGCGGUUGUCCUCAGGAUCGCGCCGACUUUUUUGAGAUUUGGUUCUUUUGAGAUCUUUAAGCAAGCGGAUGAGUUUUCCGGUCGUCAGGGUCCCAGCUACGGACGUGAUGAGCUCCGGGUGCAGAUGCUGGAAUAUGUCAUCGGGAUGUUCUACCCAGAGAUCCAGCAGCAAUACUCGGACCGGGUGGAGAGGAACGUGGCAUUCUUCAGAGAGGUGAUGCGUCGAACGGCUCGACUGGUGGCUCAGUGGCAAUGCGUUGGCUUUUGUCACGGUGUCCUCAACACUGACAACAUGAGCAUACUAGGACUCACGCUUGACUACGGUCCUUAUGGCUUCAUGGACAGGUUCGACCCAGAGUUCAUCUGCAACGCUUCCGACAACUCCGGACGCUACUCCUACCAGGCUCAACCCGCCAUCUGCCGAUGGAACCUGGUUAAAUUUGCGGAAGCGCUCGAUCCGGAGCUCCCUCCUGAUCGGGCCCAGGCCGUUAUGGAGGAAUAUUUAGAUUUGUAUAACAGCUACUAUCUGGAGCAUAUGAGGAAGAAGCUAGGUUUACUUAAAAAAGAGGAACCCGAGGAUGAGAUCCUGAUCACGGAGCUGCUGCAAGCCAUGCACAACACAGGUGCUGACUUUACCAACACAUUCCGGAGUCUAAGUCAGAUCUCUUCUCCGUCUGAGGGGGAAAACGACAGCGAAGAUGAAGUUGUCAAGCAAGCCGCAAAGCUUUUAAUGGAGCAGUGCGCCUCUUUGGAGGAGCUGAAAGCUGCCAAUAAGCCCACCAUGGAUCCACGUGAGUUGGCCAUGCUGCUUUCCUUGGCUCAGAGCAACCCGGCACUCUUCCAGAUGGUCUCAGACAGAGCGACAAUUGCGAGGCAGCUUAGCAAACUGGAAAAACUUAAAGAACUAAUGGAAACGGACGAAGAAGGACUCAAAGCCAGGCAGACUGACGAGUGGACCCGCUGGAUCGCGCGCUAUAGGAAGCGUCUGGCUCGGGAAAUGGACGGACAAAGUGACGUGCGGGCCGUGCAAGAGGAGCGAGUGAGGGUGAUGGACGCCACCAACCCGCGGGUGGUGCUUCGGAACUACAUUGCCCAGAAUGCAAUUGAGGCUGCGGAGAGUGGAGACUUUUCUGAGGUCCGACGCGUCCUCAAAGUUCUAGAGAAGCCUUUCUCCUCCCAGCCGGGUCUCGAGGUUCCCGCGUGGCUGGGUCAAGGCGGCGCCACGCAACAGGGAGAGUUGGACGACAACGAAGAGCAACAGGAAGGGGCGUCAGCGUCCCAGGCCCGAAAUCCCGUCCCGUACGACAGCAAACCUCCCGCGUGGUCUCAGGCCAUCUGUGUCACAUGA